AUGGAUGCAGAAGAGCUGAUUGAGUCCAUCAUCAGAGGUAUCAUGUUUCUCGCUGGGAUCCUGGGAAACAACUGGCUGGCUAUACGCUCCUUGCCUGGGAAGAUCUCCAGCAUCCGCACCAACGAGGUCCUUUUCAUCAACCUGGCCAUCUCCAACCUCAUCACCAACUACCUGGUGGAUCUUCCGGACACCAUAGCCGAUUUUGCCGGCCGGUGGUUCCUAGGGGAAACCUUUUGUGGCGUGUUCCGUUUUUGCGCUGACCUCUCUGAAACCAGCAGCAUCUUCACGACCUUCUUCAUCAGCACUUACUGGCACCAGAAGCUGGUUGGGUCGCUGAAGCGCGGUGGGGCACCGGUGAAGCUGGACAGCCUGUGCCUGGUGGGCUGCCUGCUGGCUGGGAGCUGGUCGGUGGCUUUGGUUUUCAGCAUCCCACAUUUUUUCUUCGUUCAAAUCGAUGGAGGAAAUGAGAGCCAUGAGGACUGUAUAGAAGUCUUCCCUGAUGAACUUGCAAAGCAAACAUACGAGAUCAUUUAUUUGACCCUGGCUAAUGCUCUUCCUGUUGCUGGGAUUGUAUUCGCCAGCUGCCAAAUUGUCGUCACUCUGCUGCUAAACCAGAGACGUAUACAGAGUCAUAACUCUGAAGCCACCAAGGAGGCUGUUAAAGAGGAAGUCAAGAACCCUGAAAACAUUAAUCUUAAAGGAUCAGUCAGUUCUGAUUCUGGACAAGGCACUUCUGGAGAUGACAACUGUUCUUCACCCAUGAGCGUUUAUACAGGGGUGCCUCCUUCCACCGGUCCUAAUGGUGGACUGCCUGAUCACAGCCCUGCCGCUGAGAAGGAAGCAAACGCAGGCAGUGGAGUUGGAGCUCAACCAAACGUUUCCAGGACCAGAGAGCCAGCUAAGGCCAGCGCAAGCUCAAGCUCUCAGGUGAGAGCAGCUAAGAGUGUGGUGGCUGUUGCCAGCGUGUUCCUGGUCUGCUGGCUCACUCAUCUGCUUCUACGCAUCACCAACAGCAUCCACACCUCAUCUCUAGUGGUGGAGGUGGCCAGCUACAUAGCAGCCUCUUACACAUGCAUAAUCCCCUACAUAUUCCUGUACGGCGUGAAAAAGCUUUCCUGCUCAUGUAAAAGGUAA